AUGGCCAUCCAGUCAACCCUCCGCCGCCCGGAGGACCCCCUCCUAGCCCUUUACUUACACUAUUCCGAACUCCUUCGUUCUCGAGUCCGUCGUACCACACGAACCACCCGUUUGAUCGCAACGGUCGCUCUCCUUUUGUCUAUUGUCAGUUCGGGAUAUGGAGGAUACAAGUGGCUGAGAGAGCGCGCAAGGGAACGCGCUCAAGGUCGCCGGCUAUUGCGCCGCAACUCGGGGAUACGUGGCAAGGAUGGAUCUCGUACCAUCUAUGUGCCUUAUAAGGGCUCACGUACCUCCAAGGUGAUAAUCCAUCCCACCAAGCUGACCACCUUCGAUGCCCAUCGGCGACUUUUCUUGAAUCCUCCAGCGUCGGCUCGGAGCAUUGAGGGCUCGACGAGCCAGAUCCCACCUCCUACAACAAAGCCGGGAUUGAACUUGGCAUUCCUGCACCAGUUUCUCAGCCUGGGGAGCAUCAUGGUCCCUCGGUGGGGAAGCAAGGAGACGGGGUUGCUUAUGGGCCAUGGCCUAUUUCUUCUUCUGAGAACAUAUCUCUCUCUUUUGAUUGCACGAUUAGACGGUGAAAUCGUUAGAGAUCUGGUUGCUGGUAAAGGUCGACCGUUCAUGUGGGGUAUUUUCAAAUGGUUAGGCAUCGGUACCCUGGCCUCGUAUACCAAUGCCAUGAUCAAAUUUCUCCAGUCCAAGGUGUCGAUCGCCUUCCGGACCCGCCUUACGAGAUACAUUCACGACCUCUAUCUGACCGAUAAUGACAAUUACUACAAGUUGAUGAACCUGGAUGGAGGUAUUGGGCAGGGUCCCGAUCAGUUCAUCACACAAGAUCUCACACUUUUCUGCUCUGCUGCUGCUUCUCUGUACUCCUCGAUGGGCAAGCCUAUGGUGGAUCUCUUCGUGUUCAAUUACCAACUAUACCAAUCCCUUGGCCCACUGGCUCUGAGUGGAAUUCUCGCUGGAUACUUCAGCACCGCUGUGGUACUUCGCAAGUUAUCUCCGCCGUUUGGCAAGCUCAAGGCUGUUGAGGGCAAAAAGGAGGGUGAUUUCCGCGGCUUACAUUCUCGACUUCUGGCUAAUGCUGAGGAAAUCUCGUUCUAUGGCGGUGCCGAUAUCGAGCGAGUCUUUUUGGUCAAGAGCUUCAAAGAUCUGCAGCGCUGGAUGGAAGGCAUUUACAGCCUGAAGAUUCGAUACAAUAUGUUGGAAGACAUCAUUUUGAAAUACUCAUGGUCAGCAUUUGGCUAUCUAAUCACCUCUCUACCUAUCUUCCUUCCCGCCUGGGGCGGUUCGGGUGGUGCCAUGGAGAUGAUUGACACACCGGAGGGCAAGGGUCGUGAACGGAGUCGCAUGAAAGAGUUUAUCACCAACAAACGUCUUAUGCUAUCCUUGGCGGACGCAGGCGGUCGCAUGAUGUACAGUAUUAAGGAUAUCUCCGAGCUUGCAGGCUACACUUCGCGUGUCUACACCCUUAUUUCUACCCUGCAUCGGGUCCACGCAAGCGCUUACUACCCACCUCGAGGAUCAUACUCGGAGCUCUAUUCUCUCGCAGAUGCGCAAGGCACAACACACAAUGGUUUCGAUGGAGUUCGUCUAGAACAGGUUCCCAUCGUGGCUCCGUCUCUUUAUCCUAUGGGUGGUGAUGAGCUAAUCGACUCCCUGUCAUUCAUCGUUCACUCCGGUGAUCACCUUCUCAUAUCUGGAUCUAAUGGUGUGGGCAAAUCUGCAAUCCCCCGCAUAGUAGCCGGCCUGUGGCCUGUGUACCGCGGACUCGUCAGCCGUCCGCGUGGAUUCGGUCUAGAUGGUAUCAUGUUUCUCCCCCAGCGACCCUAUCUGAGCGUUGGUACUCUACGUGAUCAGGUUCUCUACCCUCACACAGAAAUCGAUAUGCGAGAGGCCGGCGAGACCGAUGCAAACUUGCAGAAAAUUCUGGAUGCCGCGCAUUUAGGCUACCUGCCAGCGCGUGAAGGAGGAUGGGAUGCUCGCAAGGAGUGGAAAGAUGUUCUGAGUGGUGGAGAGAAGCAACGUAUGGGGAUGGCCCGGCUCUUCUACCAUGAGCCACGAUAUGCCUUCCUCGAUGAGGGAACAUCGGCAGUCUCUUCGGAUGUGGAAGGCCUCCUGUAUGAGCGUGCCAAGGAGCGCGGCAUCACUCUCAUUACUAUCUCCACCCGGGCUUCUUUGAAGAAAUACCACACUUUCAACCUCAGACUUGGUCUCGGAGAGGGAGGUGAGCACUGGGAGUUUGAGAGAAUUGGCACGGAGAAGGAGAAACUUGGCGUUGAGAAGGAGCUGCAAGAGCUGCGCAAGCGUCUCGACAAGGUCGAUGAAUUGAAACAACGUCGUGAAGAGAUUGAGAAAGAGCUAUCCAAAGUGUGGACGGAAAACGAAGGCGAGAUUGCCCCCCCACCAUAUCAGGAAGAGGAGCAUGCGGAAGUUCUAGAGGCAGAGCCUACCAUUUAA